AUGCCACCAACCAUUGCUCAGCGUCGACGCGUGAAACCUCUUGCACUCGCACUCAAGAGCUUGGAUAAUGAAUCAAGAAUGUUUCGAUACGCAGUAUAUGUAUCUGCGCAAUACGUCCUAGUCGAGACCUUUCCUGGUGAACGGACAAAAGCCAUCCUUGCAAGGGCCGAUGAUUGUUUUUCCAACUUGUGGCCAUACGUUCAGCAUCGGAACAAAGAGGUAACAGGCCUAAAACAGCUAUACUCUCAGACCUUUCUCGCCCAGUAUAUCCCGCGCCCUUUUUCCAAUCGACUUUGGAAUGGCAUAGAGCGCGGAGAUGAAUUGGUCAACAGCCUUCGAUUCCUUAUCUCAAUGUUCUGGUCCACCGUUUCACUGUAUGGGCAGCAAGGGCGGCAGUUCCUUGAAGAGACGAUCCAUUCUUUCGAACUACUAAAAGGCGAACAAGUAGCAAGAGUCAAGAUUAUCAAAGAAGAUGGCUCGGUCGAUACCAUUUUUGUACUUGCUGCCACUGGAGAACCACUCGGACGAGCACAGCCCACUGGAGCAUACACCGCCGAUUCGUCACAUCUCCGAGCGGACUGGUCCGACUUUCUUCAAAAAAUGGGCCAGAGUAAUGUCUGGAAUCAUCUUCGUUGUGCAAAUUCGGAAGACUACGUGCAGGGAAUCAGCAAGGCGUGGCUACAACGGACGCGUGGCUCCAAUACAAGUGCAGAGAGACAGGUUGCAGAGCGCUAUAUUCUUGCGUCUGUUGUGGCGAACAGUGUUAGCGGCAGACAAAUGAAUCAUUUGGAAAUGGCGGCUAUGGAUGCAGGUAGACAGAUGGAGCUUUCCAAGCGCAGUAAAGGGCUCAGUCUCUAUCUCUCAGAGCAUCACCACGUUGAGGGCGUCUACAUACCGACGACCUUUCAUCCAUCUAUAGCGUCCGUCCAAACCACCCAUCGAGAAUACUAUGUGCUCAGAGAAACCGGCCAACAGAUUGGAACGGAGGAAGAAGGGGUGAGCGAGACUUGGCAAGAGAUUCUGAAAUGUAAUGCCAAUGGCACUGUCAAGCAUGAAUAG